GCAUUUUAACCCUUUGCUCUUUGGCUCAUACAGCUCCAGGGCCUCUCCUAACUCCUCCCCAGACACAGUCUGAAACCCACCAAGAGUAGAUAGGGGUGAAUGGGGAAGGGAAGUACAGAGCAUUCCACAUUUCUGUGCACCAGAGGGCUGAACAGUCAGAGCCUGUGAAGCAACUUCUGCACAACCCAGUCAUCUAAGAGAGAACCCAGCUGAUAUGGAAAGCCUCUUGAUGAAGAGGAAGCUCUUCCUCUACAAUUUCAAGAACCUGCGCUGGGCCAAAGGUCGUCGUGAAACCUACCUCUGUUAUGUUGUGAAGCGCCGUGACAGUGCUACAUCAUGCUCCCUGGACUUUGGAUACCUGCGUAACAAGAUGGGUUGCCAUGUGGAGGUUCUCUUCCUACGCUACAUCUCAGAUUGGGACCUGGACCCAGACCGCUGCUACCGCAUCACAUGGUUCACCUCCUGGAGCCCUUGUUAUGACUGUGCCCGACAUGUGGCUGACUUCCUUCGUGCCUACCCAAACCUGACCCUGCGUAUUUUCACUGCCCGCCUCUACUUCUGUGAGGAUCGCAAGGCUGAGCCUGAAGGACUGAGACGCCUGCACCGGGCUGGGGCCCAAAUUGCCAUCAUGACUUUCAAAGAUUUCUUCUACUGCUGGAACACAUUUGUGGAGAACAGGGAAAAGUCAUUCAAAGCCUGGGAAGGGCUGCAUGAAAACUCUGUCCACCUGUCCAGGAAACUCCGACGGAUCCUUCUGCCACUAUAUGAAGUAGACGAUUUACGAGAUGCCUUUAAAACUCUGGGACUUUGAAGUGGAAGUCAUCAGCAAUAAGAAGACUUCACAAGUUCUUUGAUAUUCAGCUCCCUUACUCACAGUGUAUCUUUGUCUUUUUCCUUCUUUACAUCUUUCUUUCUUUCAGCCCUGUGUCCAAAUAUAAGACCAUUCUGUCCUAACAGCCAAAUUGAAAAGCUCUCAUGAGAGUACUGAACUGAGUACUGUGCUGCUCAACUUGAACUUCAUUUGAAACCAGCAGAUCUUCUAAGUGGUUUGUAUGCAGAUCUGGGACCUCUUGCCCAGAAUGAAGGGAUUUUGAAUAGCUGUGGGUUUAGAUUUUGUUCCCUAAGACAGGUUGAGACUAGACAAUAAAAGCCUAAAAUGAAAGCAAAAGAUUUUCCGUCCAGCAUUUUCAAGUAUGAGUUGCAGAAAUAGGAAAUCCACUCAAUACCUACUCAGUACAUUGAGAGCUGUGGCGGAUUCACAUCAGUGCUGAUCAUUGUAUGAACCUCUCACCCAGCCAAAAAAAGGAGCCUCCAAGGCAUCUAACUAUGGCAGUAUUUUCCCAGCAUAUAUCUACCAGAAACACACUUCAUUUCUAAUUUGUAUUGUCCCUCAGAUGUAUAGGUUAAGACUGUAGCAUUUUAGAUGGUAUUUUGGCAUCCACAUCAGGCACCAUGUUUCAUGACAUACUUCAGGGAGGAGCAGUACAAGUCUCGCUAACAGUACUUUCCAGUCACAGAGCUUUUCUUCAUAGAUCUUCCUAUAGAUAGAUCUUUCGUAGUUAACUUCCUCAGGCUUUACCAGGACUAACAGUGUGUCUCAUACUCUGGAGGUGCUCUGUCUUUUCCUUCAUGAUUGCUGUGAGUUCUCUGCUCCAUCCUUUUCCACUUUCUGGGCAUGGCUGAUGUUCCCAUGCUGCUCCUCCCAAUGCCUCCUUAGUGACAGGCCAACAGCAAGACAGCGCAUUGCUCUUCACCCAUAGUGCCUCUUGCUCUGCCAGAGCUGGGUGCAGCACAAGCUUCCUACAACUUCAGACUUCUGAUGCACUCUCAUUGUGAGGAAUUUAGACCAAGAACAGCAGUGAGAGAUCUUUGCAAAGCAUUAAUUUGCAGAUGUGGUGUUAUAUAUUUGUUGGAUAGUGUAUUAUUUAUAUUUCUUAAAGCCUUGCAAAAGAGUACUGUUUUUUGUCAUUGUUUUAGUAUCAGUUCAUGAGAAAAGUAAAAAUCAACACAGAAGACUAAUGUAAUCUAUCCCAUUUGAUUUCUACAGAGAGAAACCAGAACUAUCCUGUUAGACUGUCUUUAUGCUUUUUUCAUUAUAACUGUUCAUUGUUGACCUGUUGACAAUGUCACCCAGAAAAUCAAGACUGAUAAAUUCUUCAGGCCAUAACUGCUUUGGAAAUACUACCAAAAAUCAGUCAUGUAAAUACUAAAGUUGCUCAAGAUGCUUCAUCUGUUGAUUACUAGCUCAUCCUCCAAAACUAUGACUCCUAAUUGACCAAAGUGGACACAAAUGUGUUGAAUCAACAUAUAUUGCAAAGCAACAAGUGUAGAAGAGGUCAAAAACUGACUUCUGUCUUCCAGCUUCUGGUUUGGCCUAUCCAGCACCACUGUCCUUCAGAAUGAAAUUGCUGGACAACAAUUAGAAAAAGUAGCAUUUUCUAAUAAAGUAGUUGAGAUACUAUUUUUUACUGAAGUUCUAUCAAGCAAACAUUAAUUCAAAUAUAUAUAUAUUGAAACAUGGAAAUCGGUGUUGUUAUAAACAGGAGAAUAAAUGUAAUGAA